GAUGGCCGGGUCUUUGAGUUCGAGGAGUUCGAUCAGCUCCGAAAUGGACAGACCUACAUCAUCGAGGCAGCUGGCGAGCGCGAGGACUUGAAAAAGAUCACAGGUGACCGCUUCCGGCGCCUGAAGGUGCAGAUCGACCCCAUGCUGCAUGUCGAGGCUGUUAAGGCCAUCGACCGCAUGCGCCGUGGUUCGAACCUCCUGAAGCAUACGCACUACGGAUUCCCACACCUGCGCCAGUUCCAGUUGAGCGACGACAAGCGCCGCCUGAUUUGGUACUCCGGGGCGAAGAGGAAGGAGGACUCCAUGGUGAAUCUUGACGAGGUCGUCGAGAUCAAGCUGGGUCAGCAGACGCCAGUCUUCCUUCACUAUCGUCUGCCAAUGCUGGAGCACCUGUCCUUCUCCAUCAUCCAUGGCCCCAAGGGCUCCAAGACGUUGGACCUGACCUGCAAAGAUGAAUUCGAGUUUGACCAUUGGGUCACUGGCCUGAAAGCCAUCUUCUACGCUUGCAAGAACAAGCAGAUCUCCAAGGAGGCCCUGUUGGCUCACUCCAAGCGCUUUCAGAAGGCCCUGGAGAAGAACAACGUUGGGAUCAAGCUCACCAAGCUGCCAGAGGUGAAGGAGAAGGGCCACGUCGGGCUCGAUGACUGCAUCGAGAUCGUGACCCACACCCCGCAGCAGCUAGACACAAAAAUGGAGCGGCUGAGGGAGCGGCUCAAAACCAUGAGCCAGCAGGUUUCUCGGCUGGAUCACCACUCCGCAGCUGAAAUGGAGGUGGACUUAUCGCUUCUGACAGGCCAGGGCCCAGCCUACGCCAGCGUCUUCGUCCAGGAUGAGGAUGCCCAGGAUGAGGAGAUGGAGAUCAGGAGGAUGCAUGAGCUGGUGGAGCAAACGACACAGGUGCUCCAGCAGGCGCGCAAUGAGCUUAUCGCGCUGAACCAGCGGCAGAGGUCUGAAAGCUCAUCAACCAAUACAGAGGCAAAAGCCAAGAAGAAGGAGACAGCGGCUUGUAAGCACAUCGACCAGCUCCUGUGGAAAGCAGAAGUGGACUUGGAGAAUGUUGAAGACAUGUACCUCAGGCUCGAGAAGCUUUGGCUGCAGCACUAA